UUGCCCGAACAGCUUUUGACUUGGCUGUUUCGUGGCAAUCCGGUUAGGCGUCUCAUUGCUAGCUUGCACUCAAUACCGUUGUAUCGUACAAAAUGGCCAUAGAACAGGUUUCGGAGAGUGUUCGCGUUGAGGGCUUCAACUCGUCGGAUGUGUUUGAGCUAGUGCAGCAAACUUUGGCCGAAAACGGAGCCGAACUUACCAAGAAGGUGGGAGGAGUGAUCCUUGUCAAAGUGACGGGAAAGAAUAAAGUUGAAGUGUCGUGGAUAAUCGAUGCGAAAAAUAACAGUGGCUCCGUUAGGAUUGCUGAACCCGAGGCCAAAGGUGAUACGACAAUCAGCAUAUCGGACGAUGAUUUAAUGAAGCUAUUUAAUGGAACUUUGACUGCAGCAAGAGCUUUGCUAACAAGACGCAUUAAAGUGCAAGGAGACAUGGGCCUUGCUAUGAAACUGCAGAGCCUUGCCAGUAACCCACUGCCAUUGCUAGCAAAGUUGUAGGUUUUUUUUAAAUAUUAGGAUCUUAGCACAACCAAUUGGAAUGUUCUUUUUCAGACUUCAAGUUACAAUACAGGGCUAAUCAAUAGAUGUUUUCGAAAUUUUUCUGUUAUUGUGUUGACUAUUACUAGAUACAUUUACUUUGAGGUUUUUUGAAAUAACUGUUUUCUCACUUGCAUUCAGCGACUUUUCCACAAAGUUAUUUCCCAUUUUAUCUUUGAAAUUCGAGUCAAGGUUGUUUGACAAUGCUCUUACUUGCUAGCAACAUUUAAGUUCCUUAUAUUCGUCUUGACUAAAUUUAAUCCGAAAAUGAAAUAAUGUAUGGACAUUGUCUUUAGCUUUAUUUACAACACUUUUAUCCUUUUCACGUUUUUCAUUUCGGUAUAUUGUUUUAAAGAAUUUUCACAUGACCACAUCUAAAUGUCAGUUAAAUAUUGUGGUCCAGAAAGGAGAAAGGGUCUUUCUCCUGUUAUUAAUUUUUUUAUUUUUUAUUCUUUACGUAAACAUUUUUAUUUUUAAACUGUUGCAAAAGUACGUCACAUUUUACGGGAUGCUACAUUUUACGAUCCU